CCAAAAUGGCCGCCGCCCUCCCCCGCGCGCACGCGGCCACGAAAUUCUGCUACGCGCCCUCCUAAAGCCCACCACCAUAAAACUCCUUCGCGGGUGCCCCCAAUUCUUCCUACUGCUGCCACAAAUCCUCUCCCCUGAACCCUCCAAAUCCUUCCCCCAGAAGCUGCCUCCAAAUCCUCCACCCAAAUCUUUGCAUCCCCGCCUGAAUCCUCCCCUCCCCCGCCCCCAAAACCAGCCGGCCACCAAGCCAUGGCCUGGCCGCCCCAAACCCUACUGCCACAACCCAACCCGUAGUGCAACUCCAAGUCGCUGCCAAGAUUGGAGGACGAGGAGGAGGUUUGUGUCCGCGAGCAGGAGAGGGAGGAUCUGCAUUUGCGGAGGAGGCAAGGGAGGUCGGCCACUGCAGUUGUUCGAGGAGAUCUUGGUGCAUGCUGUGCAAAGAAAGAAGAAAGGAAGGGGGAUAAAUCCUGCUAUUCAACGAGUCUUGGAAGUAAUAAGGCAAGGGAGCUUGCUCACUGCAGCUGCUGUUCAAGGAUAGGAGAUCUUGGUGGUGUGCAAAGGAAGGAGAAGGCAAGGGAGAGAAAUUGAACUGUUCAACAGUGGUUAAAGGAAUGACAAUCUCACACCGGGCUACAUGUUCUUCUAGCAAUUCAGCAAGACAGAACACAACUUUGAGUCAAUAUGAACCCGCUGAUGAUCCUUCAGGAGAUGACGAAAUUGAAGAAGGCUACUUGCGAGGUAGUGCAGAUCUUCCUCCAAUUAUCUCCAAUGAGCAAGGUCUUCCUCCAAUUAUCUCCAGUGAGCAAGAUCGUCCAUUGAUUAUGCCAGAUGAAAACUCAUGAGCAUUGGUCUGAGGUUAAGGGAAGGACUCCAUCAAGUGUGUUAACAUGUUUACUGAAGAGUUGUCAUCCAUGUUUGAUUAGGUAUAGAGGAAAGGUUGUGGUGGCAUCUACAUAGAAACAUUAUCAGGCAGCAUAGGACACAGAUGGAAAAUCCGUAGCUGAGAUUGUCGAAGAAGGUUUUUGGGUUCAGAUUUGAUCCAUCAAAGGAAGCUGAGUCAAGAGACAAUGUUGGUGUGAGUUGUGGACUACUCCUAGGGAGCAUCAUGUAUUAUGCAAGAAUCAAUGCUACAAUUUCUCAUUUCCGCAACAUGGAGAACAGAAACAUGACAAGAUUGCUGGGUAGUUUUAUUUGACGAGGGAGGAGUACAUUGCACAACGCCACGUCUGGUGCAAACAAUAUUGUUGGGAUUCUAUUCCACAGCAUGGAGCAGUCUUAGAUUCAAGGAAAGGUCUAAGAAAAAUCGUACAAAUCGCUACAGCAGAAGAUUCAAAACUCACAGAGGAGGUUCUAGCUCUAUCGCAACAAUACGACAAAGGCUGUCUAAGAAGUUAGGAAGACAAAUAACUGAUGUCGGGGCAUGGGUUCAUAUUCACAGAGGUACAAAUCCUGAAGAUAUUACUUCAUUAAACAUGGAAGAAGCCACAACAUGCCUGGAGAAUUAUAAAACCAGGGCUAUGGAAUUAAAUGGAGCCGACUUUGAUUGGCUGCACUCUCCAGUGGACGUUAGAGCCCUUUACCAUUGCUCUUGUAUUCGGCGACAUGGAAAAUGGGCUAUAUUUAAUCGCAUUGUGAAUGAUAAAGUGGCCCUUGCUGAGUUGAAGCGAAGUCAUGCCUCAAUGGAUGCACAGCGGCAACAUCAAGAGGAAGAGAACCAAAUGAGAAAGGAAGCUCGUGAUAGUUGUAUGGCUAAGGAUUUUGCACAGAGAAUGUUCGAAUGGGGUAGAAUUGUACAUGAUCACUAUGACAACAUGCGGAGGUUUAUGGAAGUAAGAGCUGUUGCUUUGCACAGUGGCAUGCCAGCCACAUCUAUUCCUCCACUCCUGCCUCCCAUGCUUCAGCCUGCGACAUAUGGUGUUUCACCAUCUCCAUGUCCCUCUCUUGAAAAUGCUGGUACUUUUGGCUCAUGCAUUCGAGGGGAAACCCCAGAAGAAACAUUGAGCAGGAUUGCUUAUGGUGGAUUUGGUGUCCAUGUGAAUGCAAAUGGUGGCAGCAAUAGUCCUCCUAUGAAUGCAACUAACAACAAUGAUGGUGGUCCUGUCAAUGCAACCACAAGUGGUGGUGCCAACUACUCUCUUGAAGCUGAGGGUGUCCCGCUAUUUUGAAGUCGUGUUAUCCAAUUAUGCCACAUGUGCAUUUUGGUGAAUCAGAUCUUUUGCAUGCCCUGAUGUUAGAUGAACUUGUAGGGCUUGGCUUAGCACAGAGUGUUAGUGCUAUUAGUAAUGGUGAAUCAGAUCUUUUGCAUGCCCUGAUGUUAUAUGAACCUGUAGGGCUUGGCUUAGCACAGAGUGUUAGUGCUAUUAGUAAUGCCUUCUGUGUUAGCUGUUUUUAUCUGAUUUUGGCUAAAUCUAAAAACUUGAUGAUUGCUGACUGAACUCCUAGAGCUGGUGUUUACUGUAAUUUUUUGACCUGCAUGGAGCAGAUUAAUGUUAUAUGGCAAUACAACUUCACCAUAAA